CCGGAUGAAGCUGCCAUUGGGGCAAAGUGAGCAGCAGGGCCACUGGAGGAGGAUCUUUAAUCUCCCGGAGAGUUAACGGGGACCGGAGAGGACUUAAGCCCCGGAGGAGUUCAUGAGGACCGGGGACUGGAGUGGAGAGCCAGAGACACCGGGGAGAGAAGAGACGGUCCUCCGAGCAGAGAGACCGGAUCACUGCUAACGGCUAACGGACUGUUUAAACUGCCAUUAAAACACACACACACACACACACACACACACACACACACACACACACACACACACACACACACACACACACACACACACACACACACACACACACACACACACACCCCGCACUACACCUGGUGGGGGAAGGAUGUCUGCCGCCAGUAUAGACCCUCAGACAUCGAAAGGACAAGAUGCCAGCAAAGCGUUUCCCGUCUCCGUGCAGAAUGGCUCCCUCCACCAGAAGGACACCGUGCAUGAUAACGACUUCGAGCCGUAUCUCACCAACCAAUCAAACCAAAAUAACAGCUAUCAGUCCAUGACGGACCCCUACCUGUCCAGCUACUACGCCCCCUCCAUCGGGUUCCCCUACCCCCUCAGCGAGGCUCCCUGGUCCACGGGCGGCGACCCCCCCAUCCCCUACCUGACGCCCUACGCCCCCCUCAGCAAUGGAGACCAUCACUUCCUGCACGACACGGUGUUCGGGCAGCCGGGGGGGCUCGGCAGCAGCAUCUACCCCCCCCACCGGUUCAACUUCUUCCCCGAGAACCCCGCCUUUUCCACCUGGGGGACCAGCGGCUCUCAGGGCCAGCAGACUCAGAGCUCCGCCUACGGGGGGGGCAGCUACAGCUACCCCCCCUCCUCCCUGGGGGGCACGCUGGUCCCCCCCGACGGGCAGACGGGCUUCCACAGCGACAGCCUGAGCAAAGCACCUGGCAUGAACAGCCUGGAGCAGGGCAUGCUGGGGCUUAAGAUCGGAGGGGGGGACGGCAGUGGCUCGGGGGUGAAGAGCGGUGGGUCCCUGGGGGGGGGCGGUGUGGCUGGUGGGGUCGCCACGGGAAACGGCGGCACCCCCAUUGGGAUGCCCCCCCAGAAGCCGGCGUCCUGGGCAGCCAUCGCCAGCAAGCCGGCCAAGAUGCAGCAGCAGAAGAUGAAGAACAAACCCCCCCCCAUGGCAGGGCUGCCCCCCCCACCCCUUAAACACAGCAUGGACAUUGACACGUGGGAUAAUAAGGGAGCCAAUAACAAGAUGGCUCCUCCCCUGCCCCCCCAUCACCACCAUCACCACCACCACCACCACCAGCAGCUGCACCUGCCCCCCCCCAUGCAGCAGUCCCUGCAGUCCGCUCAGUCCCUGGUUCAGCAGAUGACCAUGCAGGGCCCCCCCCCUCCGCAGUCCUACCAGAACCACAGCCCGACCCCCCCGACCCGCUGGGUGGCGCCGCGCAGCCGCAACCUGUGCUACGGGGGGGGCAGCCUGGACAGCAGCGGCUCCUCUAACGGGGGCGGGGGGGGCCUGCCUCCCGACCCGGGGCCGGACUCCCACCCCGUGCUGGAGCAGCUGAGGGCCUCGCACGCCUACAACCCGAGGGAGUUCGACUGGAGCCUGAAGCACGGCCGCGUGUUCAUCAUCAAGAGCUACAGCGAGGACGACGUGCACCGCUCCAUCAAGUACUCCAUCUGGUGCAGCACGGAGCACGGCAACAAGCGGCUGGACUCCGCCUUCAGGGCCAUGGCCGCCAAGGGCCCCGUCUACCUGCUGUACAGCGUCAACGGCAGCGGGCACUUCUGCGGCGUGGCCGAGAUGCGCUCCCCCGUGGACUACGGCACCAGCGCGGGGGUGUGGGCGCAGGACAAGUGGAAGGGCAAGUUCGACGUGGACUGGCUGUUUGUGAAGGACGUGCCCAACAGCCAGCUGCGCCACAUCCGCCUGGAGAACAACGACAACAAGCCGGUCACCAACUCCAGGGACACGCAGGAGGUUCCCCUGGAGAAGGCCAAGCAGGUGCUGAAGAUCAUCGCGCAGUACAAGCACACCACCUCCAUCUUCGACGACUUCUCCCACUACGAGAAGAAGCAGGAGGAGGAGGAGGUGGUGAAGAAGAGCUAUGAACCUGCCCCGAUACAGAACCGGUCCAGAAUCGAUCAGGAUCGUCAGAAGUGAACAGAAGACGACCGCCGAUGAAAUCUAGAUCUAAGAAAUGAAACACAAGGACAAAAAUAAAUUGAAAACUAAUAUUUUUUUUUUCUAUUUAACUCCGUUGACCCGCUCCGGUCUCUCAGACGCAGGGAUGAAGCUCCAGUAAUAUAUUUUCCAGCCUCUCUACGGCUGCCCACCAUCCAUCGUUAACUAAAUAUAAUAAGAAAUAUCUGCACGUGUGUUUCUGAAGCUCUCGACGACAUGCUGCUGAUAUUCAGUUCACUUUGUGGUGUGUGUGUUGGAGAAGUGUUAAGUGCUUGUGUUGGAGUGAACAGGACUUUAUUGACAAAUGUCUGCUCUCUGUUUGUUGUAUUUUAUAUUAUCAGAAAAAAGUCUAGGAAGUCCCUUGUUUUAUUUUGGCGGGGUGUUGCACAGGUUGUGCCGUUAGGAGGCGUAAACGUAAGGUAAAUAUUCUGAAUGAUUAUGCAUCCUCUGGCUUAUUAACGUAAAGAUUACAUUUAACAUUCAUUUGAUUAAAAUGUGCAACUAAAGUUUACCUCCAAAUAGUUUCUGAAGGAGAUUCAAGGAAAAUAUGUGGAGAUGAAUUAAUGAUGGAAAUACAAAUAUCCCUGUUUAAUUUCAGGUUUGUAUCAAAAACAAACGAGCUUUCUUUCUAAUUUCCCCGUUACAAAGACUUUUAUUUUGAAAUUCUGAUGGAAAUGUAGCAUGGUCUGCGUUUCAAACCCGAGCCAGACCUGCCAGCGUUUAUUUCUUGUUUCUUCUUAACAUAAUGAUUAUAAUCUCAGCUUCAUCUCCAUCGCUGUAACCUGUCCACAUCACAAUCUGUAAGCUUUAACGUCCCGGCCCCUCAGAGCUGUCUGACUGUAGCACCAUCCAGGAGAGGAAGUGGGGACUCCAUGUCCGUGACUCUUCUGUGGACCUGCUUGCUGUACCGUGUGUCUGCAGAGUGAGAGAGAGUGACUGUGGAGCAUCAGAGAUAUAUUAUUGGAUUAUAAAAGUUUAUGCAAACAAAUGUUUUAAAGUCGCCCCUGAGUUAAAUAUGCGUUGUAUCAGAGGUCACUAUCACCCCCUUAGAUCAUGUCCAUUAUUAAAGAUAUACUUAUCUGUU